AUGAGUGUAGCACCUACCAGGUCUGAAAUAACAGCCAACCCCUCCAAGAUGGGCGUAACCACCGCCGCAUCGGGAGCUGAGCUCGAAGCUGAUAUCCAAAGAAAGUUGAAGCUUUGGGGUGUCGUUGAAGCCUUCCGAGAUGGACGACUUCCUGAUAACCACCAAAUCGACAAAGCUCUUUCCUACGCCGUCUCUCACUCUCCAGUAGAGACUCAGAAACUCUCUCCUGAAGGACGAGAACUCAUCGAAGAUUUUAGAGAUAUCAUUGAGACUGCUCGAGCGAUCGUAGCUGAGAAGAACGCCGAUGAGCUCUUCCAAAACGCAGUGUGGGCUUCAUACUCUGGUGACGCAACCAGAGCCAAGCAAAGUGGUGUUGUACCUGUAUCAAAGGAAGAUGCCAAGGCCGAUGCCAACCAAGCUGCUGCCCACCUCCGAGUCCUCAUCACCCUCUUCCUCACCAACUCUGAAGCUCGAAAGCUUUUGAAUGAUUUCGGUAUCAUCGGAAGGGAUAUCUUCGCUACUGGCGCUGCCAAGGUUGCCGACAAAGCUCGACCUAACCAAGAACAACUCGACUCCGUCGACCAAGAAGCCCCUUCCAAGGAAUGGAUCGGUGCUGAUGGCAAGAGACUUGGUCCUAACGAUACUCCGGAACUUCAAGUCAAGGGUCCAGACGGAGCUCAAGUAAGAUACAACCCUAAGGAUGAUCCUCGAAGUGCCAAGGUUGUUGACACCGACGGUAAUGCUCGACCAGCUGGUCAAGUCUACGACCAAGCUCAACAAGCUAAGAACGAGGCUCAAGCCCGAAAGGAAGAAGCCAAAGGCGACGCUAAAUCUCAAGCUAAAGAACAUGCCUCUGAUCUCAAUGCCGCUCGAGACCCCAACGCUUCUUUGUCAGAGCAGAAGGACCAAGUCCUUGGCCGAGCCAACGAGAAGACCCCCAACGACGUCGACGUUCAAGGUGGUAACGUCAACCGAGACACCGGUGCCGACCGAGCUCAAGCAGAAGGUACCGCCCGAAACAAGGCUCAACAACUCAGAGAUCGAAUCCCCGAGGAACACCGAGCCCGAGCUGCCGAUGCUAUCCAAGACACCAAGCAAUUCUUCAAGGAACAACUUCCCGAGGAACGAAGGGAUCAAUUCAUCUACCGAUUAAAGAAGGUCGUUGUUGAAUGCCAAGAACACCAAGAUUACCAAGAAGCCAUCUCAUGGCUCCUCGAUACUCUCGAGAACUACCACGGUCACGCCAAACACGUUGCCAACAAGGGAGUUGGCUCUGCUCAAGCCGUCGCUGAUGAUCCCUCGAUCGGUGAUUCUACUCUCAAAUUCCGAACUCUUUUGGAAAGAUUCGCCAACGGUCGAUCCAUGGACGGUAUCACCGACGCCCUCGACCAGAUCUACAGCGAUGCUCAAAACGACGAGCACCUCCGGGGAUACUUCACCAGACUCAACGAUUACGUCCACCGAGUCCUCCUUGAACCUGGAUACAUCCUCGAAGACGAAUCUGACAAGGAAGCCGCCCAACUUCGCGAAGACGGUAAAUCAUUCUUCACUGAUAAAUACAAGGGCCACCAAGAGAGACUCUUCGACGAGAUCCAAACUUGGUUUACUGCCUUUAACGAUGAUCCCCUCAACAGACGAUUCGGUGACGACAUCAAGAGAUUCGCCAAGGAUUUGUUAUUCAAUUCCGAGGGUGACUUCCAAUUUAAGCCCAAGCUUUGGAACGAUGUUAGAAAUGUUGUACUUCCUACCUUCAUCAGACAAGUCGGUUACAUCCCUAUCCCUAGAGCUGAAUACUCUGACAGCAACAUCGACUUGGUGAUUGAGAACCUUGUUCUCUCAGGACCUAACCUCUUCCCCAACAUCGUGUUUUUGGAAGCACAGAACUCGUUCCGAUUCUCUCCUUACCCCCAGAUCAACAAGCAAAUCCCAGACUUGCACCACCAUCGAUUCAGACUCUCGCUCAGUCAGAUCCAAGCCGAUAUUCGAGAUGUCAAUUUCGCCUUCCGAAGAAAGUCCGGUUGGCCUAAGCUUUCCGACCACGGUAUUGCCGAUGUCGUUAUCGCUGGUAAGGGUAUUGGUAUCGAUGUUGAGUUGGAAUCAGUAGAGAACCGACGAGACUCUGUCUUCAAAGUCAACCAUGUUAACGUCGAAAUCGACACUCUCAAAUUCUCAAUUAGAGAGAGUAAACACGAUAUCUUGUACAAAUUCAUCAAGGGUGUUGCUACUGGUCUUAUCAAGAAGGCUAUCACUGCUGCCGUUCAGACCGCCAUGCGAACUGCUCUCGGUCACCUCGAUGAUCAACUAGUUGAAGUCCGAAACAGAGUUGACGAAGCCAAACGAUCUGAUGACACCACCCGAUCUCAAGCUCUCAAGGACCUUUACGCCCGAAAGAAGACCACCGCCGAAGAACGAGCUAGAGAAGCCGACGCUAAGACCGGUACCUUCAAGAUCGUCACUGACCGAGACUCUCAACUCAACCCCGAUCUCACCCACUCAUCCGAGAAAUCCGCUGCCAAGAGAAUGUUCCACACUUCCGACUUGGCCGCCAGCGGUAAAGAAUGGAGAUCCAACGCUUUCGAUCUCUUCGACUCUGCUCACCCUGCUGUCACUGGUCAAUCUCACCCAGCUGCUAAACAAGGUGCCGGUGCUCAAAAUACCUCUGCUGUAGAUGCUGCCCGAAGACAGUAG